CAAAAAAUAUAAAUAAAUAGUUUCAUAAUUCAUUCAUGCAACGAAAUUCUUGGUGACACUAUCAUCGCUUUGUGGAAUUAUUUUAUUUAAACAUAAUAGAAUGUACAAAUCGUUAGAAAUGUUUCAGAAGUCAAGACAAUUGUUAAGGAAUACUACAAAGUUAUAUGCGAGGCAGAUUUUUUUGUAUUCGACUGAAAAACCUGCUACUUCGUCGUCUUCUGAAGGAAUUGUUCUAAGUGAUACCUGUGUGAAAAGGUUGAAAGAGUUGUGUGAUGAUAAUAAAACCUUUUUAAGACUGUGCGUGGAGAGUGGAGGCUGUUCAGGUUUCCAAUACAAGUUUGAUUUGGACGACAAGUUGGCAGAAGAUGAUAGAGUUUUCGAAAGAGAUGGAGUGAAAGUGGUUACAGAUGAGACCUCAUUGGAACUUAUCAAGGGAUCAACUAUAGACUACCACACAGAACUAAUUAGAUCCGCAUUCCGAGUUGUUAAGAAUCCUAAUGCUGAUGUUGGGUGUUCAUGUGGAGCCAGCUUCUCAAUCAAACUGGAUUAGUUAGUAGUUAGAAAGAACUUGUUAAAUCCAUGUCUGAAUGCUAACAUUUAUGGAGAUAAUGAUAACCACUAACGUAUAAUAGCCUUUUAAAGUAAAGUAAUGUGUAUGUUGUGUCCAGAUCUUAGCCAAUAUGGCCAAUGGUGAUAUCAUGAUGUAGUUUGGCCAGAUCAAUGAACACAAAAUGACUUGAGCAAUGCAUGAUUACUUCAUGAUGUUGCUGGACAUUGGCAAUCAUAUUGUAAAAUUAGUGAAUUUAUCCAACAGUAGUGGCGCUGGUGUCGAUUAUAUUUAUUUUCAAUAUUGAUAGUAUUGAUUAGGUAAAUAAUGUUCAACCUAAGAAAUUCAUUGAUUAUUCACAUUUUUAUUAAGUACACCACAGCAUGGACACCGCCCACAUUAAUGGUAUGGCCAAACAUUGAUUGAAAUAUCAUUAAACGUUGAUAUUUCAACAAUAUGGUCGACUUAAGUUGACUAUUUCAUGAAAUUGUUGAACACAUGAAAUGAUCAAUUCUAAGAUCGGGCCACGACAAAUACACUGAAUUUUCACCAUGUAAUAGAAUCCUAAUGGUGGUUUGGUAACUGCUGCUACACAAAAAUAUUUCUACUGUUUUAUAUUUCUCCUGUGUUGAAGGAGCUCCAGUGAAAAAUAAGUCAUUGCAUUGUGAAGAUUACAUGAGCCACGUUAAGUUACAGCAGCCUUCUUCUCAAAGUUCUUGUAUUUUUCUGACUGUAUUUAAUUUACAUGCAUACAUAAAAAGUCUUGAUAACUUUGUAGCCUUGAAUGUAUACCUUUUUUUGAAAUUAGUGGGUUUCCCAUUUAUUAUGCCAAGAGACAUAAGUUAAAAAAAUAUUGAUUACUGUAGUGUCUAGUUGAGAUUGCAAUUUUUGUCUUGUAUAAGAUUGUAAAAAGUAGCUGAAUAUAGUUAAUGUAACUGCUGUGAUAGAACUAUUUAUAUAAAAUAAAUUAAGUUAAAUUCAAAAAGAUUUUUA